CAGUUCUUUAAUAAUCGAAAUUUAAGUUUCGAUUUUGGGUUUUUUUGUGGGGAAAAAAUGGCGGAUUUGCAAAUGAGAAGAGAGAAUAGCGUUGGGUUACAAGUGGAGGAUUUAUGGGCAGAAUCAAAGCUUGAUCCUACUGAGAAACUCAACGAUUGCUUUGAAAGCAUCCCUGUCUCUGAUUUCCCUGCUACUCCUCAAGAGAUCGAGAUCAGAUCGGAUGCGAGUUUGGCCGAGGCCGUUCGAUUACUUGCCCGAAACAAGAUUCUUAGUGCACCUGUUGUCAAUGUUGAUGCACCCGAGGAUGCGAGUUGGAUUGAUCGAUACAUUGGCAUGGUAGAGUUUGCAGGCAUUGCUGUAUGGAUUCUUCAACAGUCGGAGCCAUCUUCCCCUUGCAAUGCAGAUGCGUCGAUUUCUGGAGACUUUUUCGAGGCUCUAACGUCGUCCGAGUUCUAUAAGAACAUACAGGUUCGGGACAUCUCGGGGUCGUUCCGCUGGGGGCCAUUCCUUGCAUUGGAGCAAUCGAAUUCGUUUCUGGCCAUGUUGUUACUACUUUCCAAGUACAAGAUGAAGUGUGUUCCCAUAGUUGAUUUUGGUGAUGGGAAGAUCAAGAACAUCAUCACACAGUCGGCUGUGAUUCACAUGCUAGCCGAAUGCACUGGGCUUCACUGGUUCGAAAGCUGGGGAGCUAAGAAACUUCCUGAGAUCGGUCUUCCCGUGAUCACAUCGGCAGGACUUAUCAAGGUACAUGAAGAUGAACCGGUGCUUCAAGCAUUUAAGUUAAUGAGUAAAAAGAAGAUCGGAGGAUUACCUGUUGUCGACGGCGAAGGAAAGAAGGCUAUCGGAAACAUAAGCCUUAGAGACAUACAGUUCCUCUUGACUGCACCAGAGAUCUACCUUGAUUACAGAUCAAUCACGACAAAGAACUUCCUAAUAGCAGUUAAGAAGCACUUGGAGGAACACGACACGAGAUCGCCGAUGUUGAGUGGAAUGAUCACUUGCACAAGAGACCAAACGGUGAAAGAACUGAUUCAGACGCUUGACAUGGUGAAGAUCCAACGGCUGUACGUCGUCGACGACAGUGGAAAUUUGGAAGGAGUGGUCACGCUUCGAGACAUCAUAUCCAAGUUAGUGUAUGAACCGCCUGGAUACUUCGGUGAUUUCUUUGAUGCUAUGUUGCCUCCACGAAUGACGGCGGCGUUUGAAGACUAGUCAAAUGCUUUGAG